AUAACAUGCUCAAAGAAGAAAAGAAAAGUAGAUUAGUAAGUAAUAGAAAUGAAGUUUCUAAUUGGUAUUCAAAAUCGGCUAAAAAUGAUGAUUUACCUGGACAACAAAAUACUGGACAAUGCUACGAUGAAGAUAUAGAUAAAAUCAAGAAUGAAAAG